AUGGAACUAUCAAUAUAUUUGGUGUUGGUUAGUCUACUCAGCCUCAUCUGGGCUUUUCGAAAGUUGCGGAAAAGCAAGAGCGGUGAGAACUGCUUCUUGAAAAUGGUUUGCACCGAAUUUUAUCCAUCAGCAAGUGAUGAGGAUUGGGAUGUAAUCGUGAUUGGAUCCGGACUGUCCGGAUUGACUGUUGCAAAAGUUUUGGCAGCAUCGGGACGGAAGGUAUUGGUACUGGAGCAACAUGACCGUGCUGGUGGCUCUUGUCACACUUUUGAGCUGGAUAAAUAUGAAUUCGACGUUGGUUUGUUUUUAUGCCUUAUAUCGGCUAAUAAUUUCAAUGCCCGACCGCAGGUUAUAAUUGGGGAUCGCUAUUAUGGACGAACAACUGGCGAUAGCAAACACUUUUGCGAGCAGUUGAAAUCGUGGUUUCCGGCGGAAGCGUCGAAUAUCGAUGAUUAUUUCCAAUACAAAUGUCUGGGCGCAAAUCUGCGGUUCUUUGUUGCCAUCAAAAUGAUGCCUGCGUUCGUGGUUCGUUUGCUCGUCAGAUCAGGCGUGAUUCGCCUAUUCACAAGUGUAUUCAAAUAUUCUGGCCAGAAUUUGCUAGAUGUUAUGAAACAGUACAAACUGAGUGCCGAUGUUCAGACAGUCAUCGCUUACUAUUUCGCUAAUUACGGUGCUCCGCCGAAUCGUGCUUCGUUCUUCCAGCAUCACUUAUUUCUUAUGGAAAAUGGCUUCUACCCAGUUGGUGGCGCAACAACAAUCACUGCCAACAUUAUUCGGUCCAUAAACAAAUUUGGCGGAAAAGUACUGGUGAAAGCUGAUGUCCAGCAGAUUGUAUUUGCUGCUGGAAAA